ACAUGCGCUCCGCUGAAGUUUUGUGAUUAAGAGUUCUAGUGUUUCUAAAAGACAUCAAUUUGAAUUGGACUGUGUGAUGCUGCUUACUAUCUGGAGUUCACGCAAGAAAUGAGAAAUUGUUAUCACAUCUACUUAAUGUAGGCCAACAUUUCUUCUUUUGGACUUUAAAAAAUAUAUAUUUGGAGAGGUUACGAGGAAGAUUGUUCUAAGUAAAAUUAUAAACGAAUUUGGGUGAAGAUCUUUGAAAUUUCAUUUAAAAGGAGGAUUUUUUUCAUUAUCAAAUAUUUCAACAGUUUUGUAUCAAUGGUGAGGAAACAGCAGUACACGAGUCGGACUUUGAAUGAGCGCAACUCCGCGUUGAUUUUCUUUAGGAAGUUACUCAACUUUGAGGAAUUGAUCUAUUCAUAUUCUUAAAUUCUGGACACAUUUGACUUUCAAUUAAAACUUUUAGGGAUUACUUCUUUAUACCACUUUUUUCUUUAGUGUUGAAUUAUUUUACUUUUAAAGACUUGUUUGCCACGGUGGAUACCAUGCUACCGAUUGUGCAAGAGAAGUGGACGGCGUAUCACUGGUGUAUAUGGUUUCUUCUGUGCGGAUUGCUGUGCUCUGCCGCCGUGCAUGGAUGUCCUCACAAAUGCAGUUGCUCUGGAUCUCAUGUGGAUUGCCAGGGUCAAGGCUUCAGGACCGUGCCAAAAGGAAUACCUAGAAACGCGGAACGUUUGGAUCUGGACAGGAAUAACAUCACCAGGAUCACAAAAGUUGACUUUUCUGGCAUCAAGAACCUGCGAGUUUUACACCUAGAGGACAACCAGAUCUCAGUGAUUGAGAGGGGAGCAUUCCAGGACCUUAAACAGCUGGAGAGACUGCGUCUGAACCGUAACAAGCUACAGGUUCUCCCGGAGCUGCUGUUCCAGUCCACACCCAAACUGGGCCGCCUGGACCUCAGUGAGAACCAGAUCCAGGCGGUUCCUCGUAAGGCUUUCCGGGGGAUCACAACUGUCAAAAACCUGCAACUGGACAGCAACCACAUCAACUGCAUCGAAGAUGGAGCCUUCCGAGCCCUGCGCGAUCUGGAGAUCCUCACGCUCAACAACAAUAACAUCACCCUCAUCCCUCUGUCCAGCUUCAACCACAUGCCCAAGCUGCGGACUCUACGUCUGCACUCUAACAGCCUGCACUGCGACUGCCACCUGUCCUGGCUGUCUGACUGGCUGCGGCAGAGGCGUGGCCUGGCCCCAUUCACCCAGUGCAUGGCCCCCGCCCACAUGAGGGGUCUCAACAUCCCGGACGUCCAGAAGAAAGACUUCACCUGCACAGGCCCGGCCCAGUCGGAGGUCCGUACCUGCAUACCCCAGGCCUCGGUGUGUCCCGCCACAUGUACCUGCAACAACAACAUUGUGGACUGUCGGCGCAAGGGCCUGACGGAGAUCCCAGCCAACCUGCCUGAGGCUAUAGUAGAGAUUCGUCUGGAGCAGAACCUGAUCAAGAGCAUAUCAGCUGGAGCUUUCUCCCCAUACAAGAAACUGAAAAGGAUUGACCUGAGCAAGAAUCAAAUUUCUGACAUCGCUGCUGAUGCCUUCAGUGGUCUACGCUCUUUGACUUCACUGGUCCUGUAUGGAAACAAGAUAGCUGAGAUUCCUAAGGGACUGUUUGAUGGGCUUGUCUCCCUCCAGUUGCUGCUACUGAAUGCUAACAAGAUCAACUGUCUGAGAGUGAACACCUUCCAGGACCUGCAGAGCCUCAACCUGCUGUCUCUGUACGACAACAAGUUACAAACCAUUAGCAAGGGCUUGUUUGCACCGCUACGCUCCAUCAAGACUCUCCACCUGGCUCAGAACCCCUUCAUGUGUGACUGCCAUCUGAAGUGGCUGGCUGACUAUCUGUUUGACAACCCCAUUGAGACCAGUGGAGCCCGCUGCAGCCACCCACGCCGCUUGGCCAACAAACGCAUCAGCCAGGUGAAGGGCAAGAAGUUCCGCUGCACAGGUACUGAGGACUAUCGGAGCAGACUGACAGGGGAGUGUUUCCAGGACCUGGUGUGUCCAGAGAAGUGUCGGUGUGAGGGGACUGUGGUGGACUGCUCCAACCUCAAACUGACCAAGCUGCCUCCACACCUCCCUGAGCACACCACAGAGCUGCGUCUGAAUGACAACGACAUCUCCAUCCUGGAAGCCGUGGGGUCCUUUAAGAAACUCCCCAACCUCAAGAAGAUUAACCUUAGCAACAACAAGCUGCGGGACAUACGCGAAGGGGCCUUUGAUGGGGCCGCUGGGGUCUUGGAGCUCCUACUGACGGGGAACAAGCUGCAGGCCAUCCAGGGACGCAUGUUUAGAGGUCUUACCGGACUCAAGACACUGAUGCUGAGGAGUAACCAAAUAGGCUGUGUGGACAACACUACCUUCACCGGCCUUAGCUCUGUGCGUCUACUGUCUCUCUAUGACAACCGGAUCUCCACCAUCGCCCCCGGAGCCUUUAUUACACUGCACUCCCUGUCCACCAUUAACCUGCUGUCCAACCCCUAUGUGUGUGACUGUCACCUGGCCUGGCUGGGCCUGUGGCUGAAGAAGACCAGGGUUGUGAGUGGAAACCCUCGCUGCCAGAAACCUGCCUUCCUCAAGGAGAUCCCUAUCCAAGAUGUGGCCAACCCUGACUUCACCUGCGAUGGCGUUGAGGAGAAUGUGUGUUUGCCAGUGUCUCGCUGCCCUGAGUCAUGCAUGUGUUCGGACACCGUGGUGCGCUGCAGUAACCGGGGCCUGCGGACUCUGCCCAAGGGCAUCCCCAAAGACACCACUGAGCUGUACUUGGAGGGAAACCUUCUAACAUCCGUCCCCAAAGAGCUCUCCACUCUCAAACAGCUAUCUCUGGUAGAUCUGAGCAACAACAGCAUCAACACCGUGGCCUCUAUGACCUUCAGCAACAUGACUCAGCUCGCCACUCUGAUCCUGAGUUACAACCAGAUUCGCUGUAUCCCAGUACACGCAUUUGAUGGGCUUAAAUCUCUUCGACUACUGACUCUCCACGGAAACGACCUUUCAACUAUACCAGAGGGAGCCUUCAACCACUUGACAUCGCUGUCUCAUCUGGCUCUGGGUGCCAACCCCCUGUACUGUAACUGUGACCUGCGCUGGCUGUCCCAGUGGGUCAAGGAGGGCUUCAAAGAGCCUGGCAUCGCCCGCUGUACCGGACCCCCUGACAUGGCAGACCGACUGCUCCUGACCACACCCCUAAAUCGCUUCCAGUGCAAGAGCCCAGUGGAUCUGAAUCUGAUGUCCAAGUGUGCUCCUUGCCUGACCGGACCCUGUCUGAACAACGGCACAUGUUCCAGUGAUGUUUCUGGCUCCUACCACUGCACCUGUCCCUUCGGCUACAAAGGACAGAACUGUGAGAUAGCCAUCAACGCCUGCAUCAGUUUUCCCUGUGUCAAUGGAGGCACCUGCCACCUGAUACCAGGCCAGGAGGGUCAGUUCAGCUGUGCAUGUGUUCCUGGCUACGAGGGUCUGCAGUGUGAGGUGAACCCAGAUGACUGUGAGGACAACGACUGUGAGAACAACUCUACCUGCGUGGAUGGCAUCAACAACUACACCUGCAUCUGCCCCCCCAACUACACAGGUGAUCUGUGUGAGGAGGUGGUGGACCCCUGUAUUCAAGGUUUCGACCCCUGCCAGCAUGACUCCAAGUGCAUCCCCCUCACCAAAGGAUACAGGUGUGAGUGCCUGCCAGGUUACGUGGGUCAGCACUGUGAGCAGGACUACAACGACUGCCUGGAGAACAAGUGUCAGCACGGGGCCCAGUGUGUGGAUGCUGUCAACGGCUACACCUGCGUGUGCAAGGAGGGAUUCAGCGGUCUGUUCUGCGAGAACCCUCCCCCUAUGAUCCUGCUGCAGACCAGCCCAUGUGACCAGUCCGAGUGUCAGAACGGCGCCCAGUGUCUGGUGAUGGAAGGGGAGCCUGUGUGCCGCUGCCUGCCAGGCUUCACCGGAAACAAGUGCCAGAAGAUCCUCACUGUCCACCUGCUCAGCAGAGACGCCUACAUUCAGCUGCCCAGCGCCAAGUUACGCAGUCCCGUCCACAUUUCCCUACAGAUGGCUACAGAUAAGGACAACGGUAUCCUGCUCUACAAGGAGGACCAUGAUCCUCUAGCUCUGGAGCUGUACCAGGGACACAUACGCAUUAUCUAUGACAUCGCCAACUACCCCCCAACAACUGUCUACAGUGUUGAGACCGUGAACGACGGUCUGUUCCACAUGGUGGAGCUUUUGAUUCAGAACCACUCUCUGAGCCUAGUGGUGGACAAAGGCACCCCCAAGAGCCUGGGCAAGCUGCCCCGCCAGCCCUCCGUGGACCACAACGCGCAGCUCUACAUCGGCGGUGUGCCCUCAGCGGUGGUGGGCUCGGGUCUGCGCUCCGGUCCGGACCGCGUCCCCCAGGCCUUCAACGGCUGCAUCCACAAUGUCAGGGUCAACGGGGAGCAGCAGGAUCUGGGCACGGCGCCGCGCGGCGUGGAGGGCAUCCUGCCAGGCUGCCACUCCUGCGGCGUGUGCGCCCAGGGAGCCUGCCGUCAGACGGGGGAGACGGGGGUGUCCUGCGAGUGCCCGCCCAGCCGCAGCGGACCCCUGUGCGACCGCGAGGCCGCACCCAGCAGCCCCUGUCAGACCAGCAGGUGUGUCCACGGCCUGUGUGUGCCCAAGGCCUCAUCCUACAGUUGCCGCUGUGCCGAGGGCUACACAGGGCAGUACUGUGAGCGGAGGGAGGAGCCCCAGGCCUGUAAGGGCAAACAGUGUGGACACGGGGAAUGCCGGCUCUCAGAUAGCGGCCAGGCGUCCUGCCACUGCCAGCCGGGAUACACCGGGCCUGCCUGCAAUACCGAGCUGACAUGCCAGGGAGAGGUGGUGCGCGAGCUGCUGAAACGCCACCAGCCCUUGAAGACGUGCACCUCCACCAGUAAAAUACCCCGGGUGGAGUGUCCCCGCGCCUGCGACGGAGGCCUCUGCUGCACCCCGUCCAAAAGCCGGAGGCGGAAAGUGGUCUUCAGAUGCACCGACGGGUCCUCGUACUCUGAGGACCUGGAGACCACUCUGGAGUGUGGCUGCAGCAAGUGCCCGUUGUAAUAUCCAGCCAGCACCAUGGAAACAGCCACAAACAAAAAAGGGACCUGCAAAGAGAAAAUAUAUUGUAAAAUAAAACAUAGAACUUAUUUUUAUUAUGGGAUUUUUUUUUUCUUUCUAAAACAGAGACUUGAUAAUUGUUUUUAAUAUGUCGAAUAUUAUUGUCAUAUGAGAAGUUAUUUUGUACCUUAAGAAAAAAAAAACAUUAACAUUCCUGAAAGUAUAUGAAUUUAUAUGUAUGUAUAAAUCUAUAUAAAUGUAUAACCUAAUCCGUGGUUUUUAUUUUCUCAGUGUAUAACUGCAUGUGCGUGUGCGUGUUGAUACGAUGGGAGAGUCUUUGGACACUUUACAUGUGGAGCGAAACAGUGAGACAGCGAAGACAAGGGGGAGUUGGUGCUACAAACUCCCCAGACAUAGACAAGCGGAAGGCAGUCUGUUUCCUUAUCUUCAGCUAUGGAGACAAACUAAGGAACUGUCCUACUUGGCUGUCCUGCUUUAUAACGGACUUCAUCCCCACCACAGAGCUAGCUGAGCUCACUCUAAAGGAUAUGAACUGUUAUCCAUGGAGCUUGCAAACAGUGAUUGUUACUUUGUGCCAUAGGAAACCAUUUUACGUUGUUGUUGUUUAUUUUUAUUUGUUCGCUGUUCCGUAUCAGAGAUUCUAGAGUACGACCAAUAUAAGCAAAAUGUGUUGAAAAAGACGUCUUUCCAACGACUUGUAGCCCCCCGGGUCAGGCUGGGAUGGAUUUUCUUUCCUUUGUCCUCGGGUGUGGUCCCACAGAGUUGUCCCACAGAGAAUCACAUUCCUGAAAUGUGUGAUUUUCUGUUUCUUGCAUGAUUGCACUAAUCACACACAGUCCAAGGCAGAUUGGGAAGUUUGGUUAUAAUACAGUAAUGGAACGACCUCGUCAUUAUACUAUGGUUUCCAUAUGGGCGUAUGGAUUCUUUUUCCAUGACAACCAUGUGCAGUUUGUCCUCGUAUUCUGUAAUCAUGACCAAGGUAAUGUUGUCUGGCUAAAAGAGGGGAACUGACUUUGUAAUGCAUGGCUUGGCCUAGGAAAUCAAUGUUGAACUGAAAUCACAAACCGUCCAUAACUACUAACACCUAAAAGCUCAGAUGACUGUAACUACUGUAUUGUCCACUUUAUGUGUUGAAAAGACGUCUUUCCAGCAUCUUUUCAACACAACACAUUCACCUCCCCUUUCAUUUAGAGAGUAUUUGGUAACACUGUUAUAAUUCAAAUGUUUUGCCAGUUCAUGAUACUGUUGUGACAUACAGUAUAUGUUUAAAUACAGUGUUAGAAAAUGUAUCUUAAUACAUCCCUUUACCCCGGGGCCUAAUCCUAUCAGCUCCCAUACACCCAUGCCUAAAAAUCACAUUGAACGCUUCUGUAUGAAUGGAAUGUGUAGGCUCCACAAUGUACAUUGUCUUGUGUGACACCUUGCAUUCUAUAAUAAUGAGGACUUACGUUGGCCGUAAGAUAAGUUGCGUUCUCCCAGACAUACUGUACAAUGUAUUUCUGGUAAAACCUUAAAUGAUUAAUAAUUAUGUUGAAUGUUGGAAUUAAACUACCAUGAAACUA